AUUGGGAACGAGGCACAAAUUGUAGGCACAUUUAUCACGCCAUCUGCAGAGCGAACAAUACGCACAUGCGGAUUCGUGUGCGGUGCGUGUUUUCCCAACUGAAUUCGUGAUGCAUUUUGAGACCCGAGUACUCGCUCGGUUGUGCGUGCGUGUGUGCAGCAUCUAUUCCGUUGUUAGUAUCAGUUCCACUAUCUGACUUCGGGAACAUUUUCCAUUACUUUCGAGUUUUAACAACUUGUUCCUCUACAACUGAACAGGGCAAACUUCAAUUCUGACACAUUUCCACCUCAUUUUCCCGGUUCCACGCGUCGGAAGUGUGCAGUGGCGAUGCAACAUUUGUACCCGAACUUUUAUUCCUUAAUGUCCGCCCCAUCUCAACCGCUGGAUCCGCGUUUUCGGCGGCGAUCUCUAAUCUGGAAUUCUACUAACGGUUCAUCUGAUGGUUUACCCAUGGGAUACUUCAUUUGGACACCUUUACCAGACUCAAAAAGAACAAAUCCUAAUGCAUUGAGUUUACCUGCUCGAAGACGGUGUGCGAGUCAAACACCUAUGCGAAAUUCAUCGAACAACCAUGAAUUUACUGCGAGCAUGGCGCAAUCAUUCCGUCGUUCUCAGUCAGAUUCCCCCUCGGAUGAAUCUACCCCGCCCCCUCCACCUUUGUUUGCAGAUGAAACGACCGAAGAACCCAGACGAGAUGAGACACUCACUACUUCUGCGAUUGAGGUCUCACAAACUCAAACUAACGAUAUGCAUUAUCUGUUUCCUGCCCGCACUGGUUGUGGAGAGAAUUCUUCAACGGUACAUCGAAGCGAUCCACAGUGCGUUGGCAUUCGAGUGCAGAAAUCUCUUCCCUCGAGAGAGGCUCAUGACCGACGGCGUGGUCAGGUUGUACGCUCGACAUCGACCUACAAACCUUUGACUCACUGGGGUCAGGCACCGAAUUCUAAACAAGCAGUGACGCAGAUCCAGCCUGCUUCGAGUCUUCAAGAUAUCGAUAACUUGAAUCUCCACACUCCGCACUUUUCUGCAGGCGUUUCACGUGGGCCGCGCGUCAAGCUCGUGAUGGGUCUAAGGCAUUUGAACCACGGCAACCGCAGUGGACUCAGGAUGGACGGAGAACUAUUAACCCCAGUAGAAUAUUUGUGUCAUCCAGCCACACCCGCUCCAGUUUAUCAUUCUCGUAUGAAUUCUGUGCCAUUAAGUAAUCCACGCUCAGGGAAUUUUCAGGCCACAGCCAUGUGCCAGUUGCCAACUGUCACCACAUCCUUCCACUUAGCUAAAGACCAUAAGUCACGUUUGGCAGAUAAGCCAUGCACAUAUCGGGGUUCAACCGUACUCGCAGAGAGUUGUGUGCCCGAUCCAAAGGCUUGUCAACCACUUACACCAAUGAUGGUCCACUCCGCAAAGGUGGUGGCUUCUGCGGUGUCUAAGUCAUCCAUACAGACGAAGAAUUUCCUGGACACAGGAGGGCUGUUAACCACAUCGUCCGAUUCGGGCGUCGAUCUCAGUGACACAUCCGGGGCCAACGGAUUCAGCGGUCCUCUCGGCACGUUUCCUGUAGAACGUACUGGUCCAAUCACAAGAAGGAGAACACAUGUGAAUCCAAAACGAGCACAAGUUGUGUCGGCGUUCGAGCAAAGCUUGAACAGCAUGUCCCAGCGUCUGCAGACACUGACCCACACGACAGCGAAGAAGGAUUCAGAAUUACACACCUUACGAUCGACGAUAGAGGCGUUGCGCACUCAGUCCGGACUUGGCUUCUCCAAAUUGCUCCAUGCCAAAGUGGGCAGAUCCCUGGAAGAAAAGUCGGACGAGAAAUAUCCGGAGACGGAGCAGGCGAGCCACCCAAUUUCUGGCACAUCCAGUUUGAGCCUAAACCAGCAAGACGUCGCUUCGUCGGGACGUCUAUCCCCGGUGAAUCAGUCGUCGUAUUCGGCCGAGUCGUCACCCAAAAAAACUCCGCUCACCGACACGAAAUCGAUCCCAGUGAUUGGCUUAAAAAAGAAUAGCUGGUUCCGCGCUUCCAUUGGCAAAGCAUUCCGAAAAAGAUCACCUGCGACGUCCUCUGUGAAUUGCGUCACCUCACCCGCUUCGCCGCAACAAACACAUGGAUCUGUGGAUGCACAAAUUCCCAGCGACCACCUCCACUCAGUCACGGGUGUUGGGACCAUGUGUUCUCGGUUUCCGCUAGAAGCGACGACACCAAACCAAUGGUCUAAACCGGAUCCCACACCGAUUAUGGGCCAACCGAUUGGUCGACUCAACGGCCUCUCUCCAUCUGUUUCAUCCACAUCUUCCUCCUCCACGAGUGGUAGUAGAUGGAACCAUGAAGUAAACGCAGCUGUUUGGCCUACCAAUAACGCCUGCAGCUCUUACUGCUCGACGGAUCCCCAUCCAAGCCACGCAGACGUAGCAACUCAUUUGGGCACGUUCCCACCCAGCAAAAGUGUUAGCUGCAGGAACUCGCGAGCCGGCGCACAGUCAGCCGUUGUCGCUCCCACGGAGCAUAGUUUCGGCGCGGAAGCGCUCAGGAAACCAACAACUUCCGGUGUCUCAUUCGCCCCUUCGAAAAAAGUCAACAAUAUACCGAUGACUGCCAACUUCAGUCCAUACCCUUCUCAGCUGCAUGCAUUGGAAUCGGAGGUGUGCCGUCUUCGGGGACAACUGAGUGAACGAGAAUCUAAACUGACUGAUGUACAGCUAGAGGCACUUGCCAGCACACACCAAGUGAAUCAGCUUCGCGAUCAAUUACUUCGCAUGGAAGAAGAGUUGCAGCGGCUUCGCUCGGACAAUCACCGGCUGCAAAGUUUGGUGCGUGGAGGCACAGAUACCCCUGCGGCAAUUUCAACACAGCCAGCAUCAAGAUUAGAGAAUGACGUUGACCCAUCCAAAUUGACGCCAUUACCAUGCGUUUCGGACGAAAACAAUGAGUGGCCAGUAGAAAGUGAGCUCGAUAUUCUUUUUGCUGUCAGUCACAAAAGCGGGAAAAAUCCGGAUGAAUUCCAAACAAAGAGAUUAGCAGUUGUUAGUCUGGUCCCAGAUGCAGAGGCAGAACUUCGUUCCAUCAAUAUAGGUUUGGUGGAUUUAAAGCAGUUUGCUCAUUGGGUUGACCUCGACAAGCAUUUAACACAGAUGUUUGUAGCGUACACGCGCCUCAUUAACCCGCAUGGAGAGUUGGACACCCGGAUCAACACUAUCCUUGGAUACCGCAUUGUAACACAUUCCACUCCCCAGAAUGGUGAUGUGUAUGAACACUGGAUACGGAGUGGUGAAUCCGUGGGGAACAGCGAAGAAGAAACCGCCUUGGCUACGCUGCUAAAGCAGAAUUCCAUAGAGAACGGAACAACUCAGAUUGCGCUCCUGUUUCGUGCCGACUCGAACGGGUUUUCUGUUCGAUUACCGCUAUUCUUCCUGCUCCCAGCCGCCAGGUUGGAAUGUUGCUUGUCCUUGUUGCAUCGCUAUCGACGCAUCGUAUUAUGUCAUUCGAAUGAAUUUGCCGCACAGACCGAAAUGCUAGCCUUUUCGUUGGCGCGCUGCUUGCAAGAAAGUGGCCGCGUCGCAGAAUGUCACCGGUUUCACCUUGGCAGAAGCAAUGAUCCAGUUGGAGAAGCGGAACGCUGCGUCUCAUCUACAAACACCAACAAGCCGGUGGCCAUAGUCUUGCACCAACUCGACUGCAUAACCUCGCAACAGUUUAUAAACAUGCUGCGGUCUUCAACUGACCAAAUGGCCGCCUCUUUCAACGGAGAAGGACAUUUCCUCAUUGGAACGGUGUUGGAAUCUAUCAGCCCCCCGGACGAAGCAGAGCUUUUGCCGGUAGAUUCAUGUCUGGUGCGUUGGAACACCAAUAGCUGUUGCUGGAUCAGUUCUCAAUGGAAAGAGUUCGAUGUAUGCAAACUGUACUUGUCCUGUUCCUUGCGCCAACGCAUAGUGCACUUGGCCGUGGCCGAAAGCUCUGACCUAAAGGAGUGCGAUACACUGAGGUUCUCACAUACCAGUCCAAUACGAGCUCAUCUCGAAUGGCUACAAAAAGUGUGGGAGAAAAUCAGACAGCAGCACACAAACGCCAUCCUUCCGCCCAAUGUGUUCGACGACGUACCUCUGAGUGACUUGGAGCAAUGGUUUAUUUACAAAUGGAACAAUCAAAUUGCACGCCACUUGAGAGCGGAAACAAAGGAUGGCAGUUGCGCGGGGGAGCUCAUCGACUGGAUCUGUUCUACGUGGCCUACGAAGGAAGGUCGGGAAAAGCUUAGACAGCAGUUAACCCCGAGUCAAACUUGACGAAAGGCCGUAAAAUGUAAAUAGUGAUAUUACCCAGUCUUGAUGUCGGUUCUUCGAAAUUUAACUCACUAGCAUUUUUGAUUUAUAUAUGUUUAUGUUUGUACAGAAUUAAGCACAAAAGAGCUUCAUUAAUCGUGUUAACUUCCACUACCUAUGUAAAUACAAAGCCGAGACAUAAAAUAGGUAUG